AUGGCGCCAUCGAGAUGGCGGCGACUGAUUCAAUUCGGAGAAAACCGUAUAGACACUGCCGACGGCUCUUCGAAGGCGGAAUUAUUUGAGGCGCCUGCGCAAGGUCUGGAGGUCGUUGCGGAGGGAGAGCAGCCGGUCGUAGACAUUGUGGCUGUCCAUGGCUUGAAUGGACACCGCGACAAAACCUGGACGGCAGCGAACGGCGUAAACUGGCUCAGCAAUCUCCUCCCGACCGAUAUCCCGAACGCUCGUGUCUUCUGCUGGGGAUAUGAUGCGAACACGCAUGACGACCGCGUCAGCUGCCAAUACCUCUAUGACCACGCAACGCAACUGGUAUCAGAUCUGUGCCUUGAAAGAAGGCUUACAAAUACAACACAACGGCCGAUCAUCUUUGUGGCACACAGCCUUGGUGGUAUUAUUGUUAAAAGUAACACAGAAGAAUAA